AUGUAUGGGCGGUACACCCAGGAGCUGGGCGUGUAUGCCAAAGAGGAAGCGGCCCGCCUACGGGACGGAGGAGUGCGGGAUGGCGGAGGACUGCGGAGAAACACCAGCGUUCGCAGUCGUGCUGCAGAUCUGCUGGACUACGAGAAGGACCCCUGUGCAAAGUGCCAUCUGUGUGCGUCUCGCUGCCAGAAGUUCCUGAUCUCGCGGGUGGGGGAGGACUGGAUCUUCCUCAUUCUGCUGGGGCUGCUCAUGGCUCUGGUCAGCUGGGUCAUGGACUACGCCAUCGCCUUCUGCCAAGAAGCACAGAAGUGGAUGUAUGGCGGACUGGACAGCAACAUGCUUCUGCAGUACAUUGCUUGGGUCACCUACCCUGUAGUGCUCAUCACUUUCUCAGCAGGAUUCACACAGAUACUGGCGCCUCAGGCUGUGGGUUCAGGUAUUCCUGAGAUGAAGACGAUACUGAGGGGGGUGGUCCUGAAGGAGUACCUGACGUUUAAGACGUUUGUGGCCAAAGUCAUUGGUCUGACCUGCGCUCUGGGCAGUGGGAUGCCUCUGGGGAAGGAGGGACCCUUUGUUCAUGUUGCCAGUCUAUGCGCCGCUCUCCUGAGCAAAUUUAUGGCUCCUCUUUUCGGCGGGAUUUACAUGGAAGAGCCCUUUGAGGGAAGCAAGAACGAGCUGAGGAACACAGAGAUGCUGUCCGCUGCCUGUGCUGUGGGUGUGGGCUGCUGCUUUGCUGCCCCUAUUGGAGGGGUGCUGUUCAGUAUUGAGGUCACUUCUACGUUUUUCGCUGUGAGGAACUACUGGAGGGGCUUCUUUGCUGCCACCUUCAGUGCCUUCAUAUUCAGAGUGCUGGCAGUGUGGAACCAGGAGGAAGAGACCAUCACUGCUCUCUUUAAGACCCGUUUCCGGCUCGACUUCCCGUUUGACCUUCAGGAGCUGCCUGCGUUUGCCAUCCUGGGGAUUGCCUGUGGUUUCGGUGGCGCUCUGUUUGUCUACCUGAACCGGCUGAUUGUAGAGUGCAUGAGGAAACAGAAGACUAUUAACAAGUACUUGCUGAGGAAGCGUCUGGUGUAUCCCGCACUCGUCACCCUGCUGAUCUCCACUCUCACGUUCCCUCCGGGCUUCGGGCAGUUCAUGGCCGGACAGCUGACGCAGCACGAGUCUCUGGUCGCACUGUUCGACAACCGCACAUGGUGUCGCCAGGGUGUGGCGGAGGAGUUUGACUACAUCAGCCACCACCACGCCUGGAAACACCCACAGGUCAACGUCUUCAUCACACUCAUCCUCUUCAUCAUCAUGAAGUUCUGGAUGUCCGCUGUGGCCACCACCAUGCCCGUUCCAUGUGGGGCCUUCAUGCCAGUUUUUCUUAUUGGCGCAGCAUUCGGCAGACUUGUUGGAGAGAUCAUGGCAACUAUGUUUCCUGAUGGCAUCCAUGCUGACGGCAGCGUGUAUCCCAUAGUUCCCGGUGGUUACGCUGUAGUUGGUGCUGCAGCGUUGUCUGGAGCAGUCACUCACACUGUAUCCACAGCCGUCAUAGUGUUUGAGCUGACUGGUCAGAUCUCCCACAUUCUGCCUGUGAUGAUCGCUGUGAUCCUGGCCAACGCUGUGGCCCAGUCGCUCCAACCAUCACUUUACGACUCCAUCAUCCGCAUCAAGAAACUCCCUUAUCUGCCUGAGCUGGGAAUGGGUCAUCACGAGAAGUAUAAUAUCCGUGUGGAGGACAUCAUGGUCAGGGAUGUGCGCUACAUCACUCUUAACUCUUGUUAUCGGGAUCUGCAGGAGAUGCUGCUGACUGGUCAGCUCAAAACACUGGCCCUGGUUGAGUCCAGAGACUCCAUGAUCCUGCUGGGCUCCAUAGAGCGGCUGCAGCUCCAGUCGCUGCUCUCUCUCCAGCUGAGCCGCCUGCGGAGGCUGGAGUACCUCAGCCAGUUGGCCCAGGACAACGGCACCCACGAUCACCUGCCCAGCCUGACCACCGACAGCACGCCCAGCUCCCCCUGCUCCCACGUCAACGCCUCGACCAACAUCAACGCUCGCCAAGUGGUCCGCUUCCUGAUCUCCACAGAGGAGUCUUCCUCCUUCAGCCCGGUGGUUUCCAAUGUUCAGCUUCCUCUGAAAUCUGCCUUGAAAACUGUGUCCGCCAUCAGCGACACGGAGACGCCAAAUAGCUCUCAGACCCUGUCCUGUGCUGACCAAGACGAGGAGCUGCUGGAGAGUCCGGCUGGGCCGGCUCCUCCUGAAAAAAGGCAACCCGGGCCCAAACGAGUGAGGAUCUCCAUGGCGGACUCUACUGAAGUGGAAGAUGGCAUGACCCCAACAGACAUAGCGGAGUGGGAGGAGCAGCAGCUUGACGAGCCGGUGGAUUUCAAUAACUGCAAGAUUGAUCCCGCUCCCUUCCAGCUGGUGGAACAAACAUCUCUGCAUAAGACCCACACUAUCUUCUCUCUGCUGGGCCUGGAUCACGCCUACGUGACCAGCAUGGGACGUCUGGUCGGAGUGGUCUCUCUCAAAGAGCUGCGCAAGGCCAUAGAAGGCUCAGUGACAGUGACCGGAGUCAAAGUGCGCCCUCCGUUGGCCAGUUUCCGUGACAGUGGCAACACCACAAACGUGUCAGAGGUAACAGAACUGCACAAGCUGUGCAUCCGCCACAGAGGGCUGUCAUUACCACGGGAACCCAAGCCACCGGACGUGAAGAACCAGGCAGAACUCCCAUACAAAGACAUUCCCGUUAACUUCUCGGACCAAUCAAAUUUGCAAUUUGAAACCAGCCCCGGGGACGUCUCAAGUCAGUCAUCAGAGUUGGUGCUCCAGGAGAGCCCCUCGUUCACAGAGGACCCGUCGGAGUUUACUUUUGACUGCAGCCCCUCCCACACGGAGGAGUCGGAGCUGGCCUGUGACUAUGACCCCCUCACCGGCACUCCUGAGCAGGACGACACGGAGCAAGAACAGGGGAGUCCGUCUCUGAACAAGGACCAAUCAGAACCUGAGGGAGAGGGUGUCCCCGCCCACACUGAGGAUCAAUCAAAAUGAUCAGAGGGGAUCCACACUGUCGCCCUCGUGAAUGUUGACGUUUCUUACAUUUGUAGAGGUCACUCUCACCUCGAAGCCCAGCCUAGAUUCCUGUGUUUCUAACGUUGUUCUGGCGUGAUUGAGCGAGUGAGAGUGAGCAGGAGUAGAUGUGACAUUCAUUGUUGUGUUUUAAACUGUGCAAAUGCCUGUUUUACAGGGUAAAGCUGGUUUUAUUCUAGAUUUGAAAAACUGUCAACAAAUCCCAUGAAAAGUACCAAAACCAACCACUACUGACUCCCCUGUAAUGUCUGCGGUGCUUUGAUUAAUGUUGAAGAGGCAAAUCUUUAGAGCCUCUAAACACCCACACAGGUGUUUCCAUUCAUUCUUGCUGAUUAGCCCUCUGCUCAGGUUGAAGGUGGGCCGGAGCUUUGAUGGGAGUUUAAUUAAGUCACAAAUCUUAAUCCACCAUUAAGAAUGGUAAAGAUGUAAUUUGUCCCCCCCCGCAACAGGUGCAACAAAGCUAUCAGGAGACUCAUUCCCUCUAUAUCAAUCAAUUGAAGUCUAUAGCGCCCACACAAUCCUGAGAAGAGGUCUAAUUAGCCAGAUUAAUUGAAAACACCUGGAUGGGUGCUCAGAGGCUUUAAAGAGGAGCCCUGCCAAUUUUACACAUCAAAGUCUUUGUUCAGGUGUUGGGGAAUGUGUUAAUAGUUUUUGGUUUUUUGUGAAAGAUGUUAUAUAAAGCCUUGUGUGGCUCCAGAGGGAGAUAUGUGAGGCAAACUGAUUCAUCAAAAGCUUGAGAACAUCUAAUAAUGGACCUUUAGGUGAGAUUAUUCAAGUCAUUUCCUAAAACAGCUGGACAUUGUAGGCUACAUUGCUCAAACAAGCAUAAAUUAUGCAUUCGUUUCAGCCCCAGAUUUGGUGCUCUAACGAGCAGAAGAAUGCCGUAUGUGGGAAUUGCCUCGGAAAUAAACACGAUUGUUAUGAUGUGUGUGAUAUUGCAAUGAGGGAACAUGCCACCCAGUGCAACAAUUUGGCUAAUUUAUGUGUUUAAAUACUUUUUUGGAGCAGGUCUUGCCCACAAAGACAAAACCAAUUUGGUCCUUUUUUUAUGGGAUUUGUUGAUAAUUAGAAAAAUAUGGAAUAUUGUCAGCUGUAUGUUUUAAAUGUAUGUGUAUGUGAAAGAGAUUAUUUUUGACAAUUUCCAUACAAUUCUAACAUCUGGUCCAGACUCUUAAACAUUCAUGCCAAAAUAACAUCCUGUAAUGAUUAUAUCAAUUACAAAUCAAGAGAGAGAAAUCACGCACACAAGUAAUGGAGGAGGAACAAUAAAAUAAAGCACACAAGAACAUAGACAAUUAUUCUAAUGAACACAUGAUGGUAUGAAUUCAAACUACUACCACUAAUACAUCAGAGGGCCUGAAUUAAUGGCUAAUAAUAUUAAGUUAUAGUGGUGUUGGUUAUAUGUUGGCAGAUAUGCAAUAACUUUACAGUAAUAAAGCAGUAAAAGGUGGUUUAAUAGCAACAGUGUCAUCAUUAGUUUGUCCAGACUACAUUGUUUACAAUACAUACCAUUAUCAGUAUAUAUUAAUACCAAAUAUUGGUGUUCAUAUCAGCCCCCGAAAUCUCCAAAUUAACUGGGAUCUACUGUUCAGAGGCAGCUUCCAAAGGUCCAGCGAGCUUAAUGCAGGAAUCCAAAUAAAGGUGAAGCACAUUGUAAUUACCAUGAGAAUAAUUUAAUGCACAUGUAGCCUUGUUUGGCUUUGUAGGGGCUGAUUCAAUAAGGGCAAUGUAGACUGUCAGUCUUGAGUCUUGAACUGCUUCUUCAUCUUCUGCUAUGUGAAUUUAAUUGUGUGUUUAAUGUGUUUCUAGCACGAUAAAGGAGCAACACUUGGGCUCAGAUUGAAAGAAAGAUACUGGGUGAUGUACAGAGCACACAAACACACUCAUACGGCCACGUGUAUGCGGCCUGUAGAUAUUAACGCCGUGAUAUGUUACACGUAUCUUUAUGACAGAGUACAUUUAAUCCAGCCUGGCAUCUAAUGCAAUGUUGAGAAAUGUAACUACUGUAUGAAGCACAGCGAUACCCACGGCGAUGUCGUAGAGCAGAGUGUGUGUGUGUGUGAGUCCUUGUUACGACCCUAAAAUGGAUGUAAGUACUUUAGCUUCAUGCCGUUGCAUUUUUGAGCCAUAUUUCUUCUCUAUCUUAUGUGAUGUCAUUGCAGCACAAUUGGGGCUCGUUUUUGUCCGUGUAACCCAUUUGUGCAACGUUUUAUUAACGUCCUGACUUUCUGUUUGCAUAUAGAAUGUGAAGUAGUGCUCGCCGUAUAAGAUAACGAAUAAGGUGUUAAAUGUAGAGAGUGUAUAAGCUCAUUUGCAGCGUAUCUAGUUAAGCAAUAAGUCUGUAGUAUCUCCCUUUAUAUGGCACUGGCCUGUAUAUGCUUUGUACAUAUGGAAAUACACGGAUGAGAUCUAAGUACAUGCUAUUGUACAUAGGAGAAUUAUGCAUUUGAAAUCCAACAGCCAUUGUUUUUUUUCAGAGAACAUGAAAUUGUUUUUGUA